AUGCAUAUUUCUAGACUGUCCGCCUGGGCGCUGACUACUGCAGUAGUCAGCGCUGGCAAAGGCCCUUUCUUGGAACAGAUUAAUGACUCUACCUGGGUCAUUGGAAAUGAUCACUGGAAUCUGACCCAGGGCUCUCUAUAUGCGACCAAGUUGUUCUGGGAUGGUGUACCGGGCGCUGAUCUUGUGGGUUCUGCUGUCGGUCAUUAUAUCGGCUAUGAUGGUGAAAACAAUCUCAAAUUCACGAAUGCCACCAUUGCGUCGCGCGGCACCAAUUACAUCGACGUCAGCUUCUCCGCCACCGCCGGUGACUUCCACUGGGUCAUCUUCGAUGACCUGACUGGCGCAUACCAGUACUUUGUCAAUCGCGCCCUGCCCGACAUCAGCAUCCUUCGGACCCUGUGGAGACUGGCGCCAGAGUACUUCCCCAACGGCCGUACCCAUGUGAAGGAUGAGCCGUUGCCUGACUUCUCCUUGUAUGCCAACGCCACCAACGUCCAGGAUGAAACCUGGCAGUUGGCUGACGGGUCGUACAUCACGAAGUACGACUGGUCGAACGCCGUCAGAGACCGCGACUUUUACGGCAUCUAUGGGCCGAAAGCUGGUUCCUGGUACAUUCACCCUACCACCGAGUACUAUAACAGCGACCACCUGAGUCAGACAUUGACGAUCCACAGAGAGUCCAAGACUGGAGAUUCUGUCCAGCUCAAUGUCGUUCAGGACACUUCGCACUUUCGAGUUGGCCAGAAGGUCGCUCAACCCGCUGGCAAAGUCUGGGGACCUUGGCUGUGGUACUUGAACAAUGGUGAUGUUGCAGACGCAGCUCAGCAGCACAAGAAGGAAGUCAAACAUGUACCCUAUUCUUGGUUCAAGGACUCAGCCUACCACUCCCGUGGCGGCAUCCAAGGAGCUCUUACCCUUUCUGACGGUCGACCGGCUUCCAAUGCAGCUGUGUUCCUUGGUGAUACCGACACUACAAUUCGCCCUUCUAUCCAAGGAAAGAACUAUUACUACACGACAUUCACCAAUGACAAGGGCCGCUUCUCCUUCGACAACGUCCGCACGGGCUCUUACGCAGUCUACGCCUGGUCCAACGGUGCCAAGCUGGCGGACGUUUACACAAACUUCACGACUCCCGUGACCGUCGUCAAGGACAAAACCGUGAACCUCGGCCAGCUUUCGUGGGAGGUCCCCAAAAGCAAGCGCAUUUUCCAGGUUGGCGAGUUCGAUAAGAAGGCCACGGGUUUCAAGAAUGGCGGAUUGCCGUACCAGCACGGUGUCGCAGCGGACAGCCCUGCUAACUUGACCUUUGUCGUCGGCGAGUCUAAGGAUUCGGACUGGUACUUUGCGUCGUCCGCCAUUGGAAAGUGGACCAUUGAGUUUGAUCUUCCCGAGGCCGACAUUGCUGCCAACAAGACCGCACUGCUAAGCGUAUCACUUGCUGGAUACUCUCAGAGCGGUGCACUCGACAUCGACGUCAAUGGACAUGUUUACGACUCGUUGAGCAAAGAUGUGCUGACAAGUGAUCCUGCCUUGUAUCGCUCAGGAAAGAUUAGCGGAGAGUGGCGAUUCUUCCAGUACAAGGUCGACACGGACAUUCUCAAGGCGGGAAAGAACACUGUUGGAUUUACUGUUACCAGAUACACUCAGUGGAGAGGCUUCCUAUGGGAUAGCAUCAUCUUUGAGUGGGUUUAA